AUGGGCUUGCCUAAUUUGGAUCUGUCUUGGCCGUCAAAUUCAGCCCAUUUUGCCUCUAGGGUUUUGCUUAUUUUGUGUCUCAAAACUCACGCAGUUUUUUUCUGGUUAUCCCCAGGCCAUUUGUUGAAUUCUCCGAGAGCCGAAUCGAGCAAGGAGCAAUGGCAUUUGUCAAAGCCCAGAAGUCGAAUGCCUACUUCAAGCGUUUCCAAGUCAAGUUCAAGAGAAGAAGACAGGGGAAGACUGACUACAGAGCGAGAAUUCGUCUCAUCAAUCAGGACAAGAACAAGUAUAACACUCCGAAAUACCGAUUUGUUGUGCGAUUUGUAUCCUGAUAUUCACAUUAUGAUUGUAUCUGCUAGCAUCACUGGUGAUCAUGUCCUCUCUGCUGCAUAUGCACAUGAGCUGCCCCGUUAUGGCCUUGAAGUUGGCCUCACCAACUAUUCUGCUGCUUACUGCACUGGGCUGCUUCUUGCUCGCCGAGUACUGAAAAAGCUCGAGAUGGAUCAAGAAUAUGAAGGAAAUGUUGAGGCCACUGGUGAGGAUUACUCUGUGGAACCAGCUGAAAGCAGGAGGCCCUUCCGAGCACUCCUUGAUGUUGGUCUUUUGAGAACCACAACUGGAAACCGAGUCUUUGGUGCACUCAAGGGCGCUCUUGAUGGUGGGCUUGAUAUCCCUCACAGUGAUAAACGUUUUGCUGGAUUUAACAAGGACAACAAGCAACUCGAUCCCGAAGUGCACCGCAAGUACAUUUAUGGUGGCCAUGUUGCAGCUUACAUGAAUACUUUGAUGGAAGAUGAGCCAGAGAAGUAUCAGUCUGUGUUCAGUCAGUAUAUCAAGAAAGGUGUUGAAGCAGAUGCCAUUGAGGCUGUGUACAAGAAGGUCCAUGCAGCCAUUCGUGCUGACCCCACAGAAAAGAAAUCUCAAAAGCAGAAACCUACGGAGCACAAGAGAUUCAACCUAAAGAAGUUGACAUACGAGGAGAGGAAGGCCAAGUUGAUCGAGAGGUUGAAUGCUUUGAAUGCUGCUGCAGGAAAUGAUGAUGAGGAUGAUGAUGAUGAUGAUGAGUGAGGAUAUCAACUUAUAGACAAAGAAGUCCUUAAUUGCUUUCGAUUUUGAAUUUUGUUUUGUUUUGCUUUGCUUUGUUUUGUUUCACUGGAUAAUUCAUUAGCCUUUUGUUGUGGUUUGUGUGGGAUAUUUAGCUUAAUGAGAUGAAAUUUUUUACUCUUGAAAUCCAUCAGAUUCAAUAGUAUAUUUUCCCUUAUCUUGAUUUUUUA